GCCCGUUUAUUUCCUUGACCUGCGAAACCGAAACACUACAAGCCCCAGUGCGCCACGUAGGCUGUGUUCGGGACUGUUGAGAGUGACGGCACAUUAGUUAAUUCAAUGUUGUGUGUGUGAAUGUGUGCAGCGCUGUACUGUAUUAUAAAUGCAAUGGCUGGCUCAAGCGUGGACACGACAACCCUGUGCUUGUUUGAUGUCGACGGCACUCUAACCGCGGCUAGACAGAGAGUCACCCCCGAGAUGGACGCCUUCCUCCAGAGGCUGAGGCAGAAGGUGAAAGUCGGGGUUGUGGGAGGAUCGGAUUUCGAGAAGAUUAAGGAGCAACUCGGGGCGGACGUAGUGGAGAAGGUUGAUUAUGUGUUUGCUGAAAACGGCCUGGUCGCGUACAAAGCUGGCAAACUGCUGUCCGUACAGAGUAUACAAGCUCAUCUUGGGGAAGAACUCCUUCAGGACUUUAUCAACUUCUGUUUGAAUUACAUGGCAAAGAUUAAACUCCCCAAGAAAAGAGGGACUUUCAUCGAGUUCCGAAACGGAAUGCUGAACGUGUCACCGGUGGGGCGGAGCUGCAGUCAGGAAGAACGAAUGGAGUUCUUUGAGCUGGAUAAAAAAGAACAUAUCCGAGAUAAAUUUGUAGCCGCUCUCAGGAACGAGUUUGUCGGACGUGGGCUGGCGUUCUCUAUAGGAGGACAGAUCAGCUUUGACGUGUUUCCGGAGGGCUGGGAUAAGAGGUACUGCCUGGGCAUCCUGGAAAAGGAUGCAUACGAGAAGAUCCAUUUCUUUGGAGAUAAAACCAUGCCGGGGGGUAAUGACUAUGAGAUCUACAUGGACCCCCGGACAAUAGGACACAAGGUCUCCUGUCCAGAGGACACCCAGCGCAUCUGUGAGGAGCUCUUCCAGUAAAGCUGUCCCGGAGGGUCUGGUAUGGAUAGGAACCUCCAGCAGAAGGAAGGAACAGUUAACUGUAAUUCAGGGGGUGCUCUUAAUAUUAAACUGUAAUGUAGCAUCGGAGAAACACACAUCUGAUUCAGGUAUGCUUCUGCUAAAAUCUCACUUUCUUUGUAAUGCAUCUUCCAAUCGCUUUAUGUUCAAAACGUCUGAUUAAAACAAGCAUGUCUUCAGCCUAAAAACGUUCUCUUAAUUCCCAUUCCGGUGAAUAGAAUUGUAAUGACCAUCUACAGCAGUGUCAAUAAGGGUGUAGUAUUUGUAUUUCACAUAUCAGUAAUGUUUUUGCCAGCUUGCCCUUCAAGCUCAUUUCGUAGUGGUUUCUGGACUGGCAGAACCAGCACAUGGAUUGAACUGCUAGUAAUGCAAAGAACACAUCUGUGCCUUUUUAAGGGGAGAUGUGUUUUAGCAUUUAGAAUUACUGUAAUAGCAAGAGGUAAUGUGAUGCGGGCCACCUCUUCAUCUCAACACCUGUGUCUGUAUGUGUGUCGACUGUAUUUCUGAACUGUAUGUUUUACUGCUGUAAAACAAACUGUCCCAGACAUUGAGCUGCACGGGUGAAAAUGUUAUGCCGGAGUGUUUGAAUUUGUGGAUUUUUGUUUUAUAAACCUGCCUGCUUUAAAGCAUCACUUCCUCAUCAUUUCUUAACCUUUAUUGUGUUUUUUAGUUUUUUAUAUGCUCGCCCGGUACAUAUAGGAUGUCUUCAACUCUCAAUGGCAUUAAAAAACCAAACUGUUCAAAUUCUUCGUUUCUGUGGGAAGCAGUGUCAAACAUAAAAAGAACAGUGCCUUGCUUUUAAAGCGUUUCAUUUUAAGUUUGAAAGUGCGCUAAUGAGGGCUUAAUGCAUGCAAAUUAGAGCAGAGGGCAUCUAAAAGCUUUUUAAGAGACGAGGCCAACGUCCAAUUCCAGUACGAACUUGAAGGAAUAAAUGCAGCGUGUGACAAGUGGAAAAGAAGCCGAGAUUUACAUGCACUUAAAGUUCAUGUAAUGGAAGUCUGGUAACUCACAAAGGCUUUGAAAGGUGGUCUCUGUGAAGUGCAUUGCUGCUAUACGCAUAUGAAUGCGUGUGCUGCACCAGCAUGUUUAAUAUGCAACACGUCUGUAGCUUCUUUCUUAAAAGGAAAGCACUUUACAGCUGAGCAAUGCAAACGAGGUGUCAGCAAAUACAAACAACGGACCUUUUAAAAACCGAUUAUUCAAAGAUUAGAGCUUGAAAUGUUCUGAAAGGGUAGAGCGACCCCCUCGAGGGCUGUAUAUAAAAUGCAGGCAGCGCUUGACUGUGUUCUUCAGAGGAUGAGAGAACGCUGGAAGAAUCACACUGAAGCACAGGCACAGCACUUUAAUCAUGUUUAUUGAAAACCCCCUGCAUUCAUUCCAAGUCAUUUCAAUUGUCCAAAAAAAAAAAAACACAAUUUAAAAACUUCAAAUUAAAAAGCGGAUAACAGGAAAAGCCUUAGCCUCGUCUAUGAAAGUACAGAACUGACAAUACUGGUACAAUCUUUUGCUUGUCUGGCAGCACGUAUCGGGACGUUCCUGUGCGUGGAUGUUAAUAAACUCAGAAGGGAACGAGUGUUUCGUGAAUGCUGAGAGGAGGUGCACGCUGUUUUGAGAAUCGUUUAAUCAGACACACCUGGACAGCAUUUGAAGCCCGAUUCUUGUCCGGGAAUGCGUUUGCAGUGUCAGUGUGUACAGCUCAAAUUCGCAGCUCAUAGCACUGUUCCUCCCCAUCAGAAGGGCUGCAGCACUAGAGAACCUCUCCUCUUCCACAGUCACAACAUUUAAAACUGGCGAUUGCUAUUCAGACAAGUAGAACCUAUUCAAAUGUACUGCCCUUAAAACUACUACACACUUACUGUUGCAGGGAAAAAUACAACUUCUUUUGUGCCUAGAUUUCUAUUAACAAGGCAGUAUUUUUUACAGAUAUUUAGGCACUAAAGCUUUUGUAAAUAGUAGAUGUGCAAGAUAUAGAAAUAUAAAAGAAAAAAAAAAUAAUCAAAAGUUAGAAACAGUAUUUAAUGUAGCUACA